AUGAGAACUUUCAGUCUUAUGUCACUGGCGGCUAUUUUAAAUUAUCUAAUGCUUCCAUCUGCCGUUGGGCAUGGCGUUCUUACUGCCACUUCCAUUGUCGCGAACGCUUCAAGUUACAAGUGUGAGGACAGGGUCAUUGGGCCGGUUACCUUAAAUGAUCAGAUAGAAAAGGCAUAUGCAAGUGUACGAAGCAAUCAAAGUAGAAGAUUAAUGAGACAAGAAAUACUCGCUUCAAGAGUUUUUAGUAUAGUCUUAUGGAGAGAAGGAGUACCCAUCAAUAUUCAAUUUGAUGUGUCAAUUAACUAUUUGAAGGAAAUUCUUUCUCUAGAGGCUCGUGUCACAAACCAAUUCUUAACUUGUUAUCCAACAACGGAGGAGCCUCAAUUUAACGGAAUUCUGGACUAA